GAGAGAGAGAGUGAGAGAGAGAGAGAGAGAGAGAGUGAGAGAGAGAGAGAGGAGACGUCGCGAGACGACGACGAGCAUCGCGCCACCGCUGCGCCGGGGAAAACGACAGUGGAACAGCAGCAGCGACAGCAGCAGCAACAGCGAGGUAUUCUCCAGAGGAUGGCGGACACGAAAGACAACUGCGCCGACAGCGUGCAGUUUUUUGAGGGAGUAGAGAAGCUCCUUGAGAUCUGGUUCACCAGCUCCAAGGACGGCCAGCGGGGUGAUCUGCGGCAGAUACCGCGGCAAAAAUGGGAAUCGUUACUGAAGAUAGUUCGUUGCGAGAUUAUUAGCUUCUGCCGCAAUGAGCAAGUGGAUGCCUACGUGCUCAGCGAGAGCAGUAUGUUCGUGUCACAACGCAGAUUUAUACUGAAGACAUGCGGCACCACCACACCCCUACAGUGUUUGGAGCCUCUGCUAAAGCUCGUCGAAGAGUACACCGGCUGGGACGACGUCGAGAAUGUCUUUUACUCGCGCAAGAAUUACAAGAGACCGGAGCUGCAGAUCUCGCCGCACCAAACGUUCGAGGAGGAAGUCGCUUUGCUACAUUCCCUCUUCCCCGAUGGCGAAGCUUACUGCUUGGGUUCACCGGAGACGGACUGCUGGUAUCUUUACACUUUGUCCAGGGAUAAGACCCUGCAGGAUCCGCCGGAACCAGAUCAAACUCUGGAGAUACUCAUGACACAUCUGGAUCCGGAAAUAAUGUCGAUCUUCACUAAAGACGUCUGCUCGUCCGCCGAUGAAGCGACGGUGAAGUCGGGAAUUGACAAAUUGAUCCCCGACAUGAUCAUAGAUGACUUUCUGUUCGAGCCCUGCGGGUAUUCCAUGAACGGGGUGUCGAAGAAUGGCAAGUACAUGACAAUUCACAUCACACCAGAACCCGAAUUUUCUUACGUCUCCUUCGAGAGCAACGUCUCCGAGACGUCCUACGACGAAAUAAUCUUACGCGUGCUGAACACAUUCAAGCCAGGCAAAUUUCUUGUCACAAUCUUCGCCAACAAGGAAUCGGCGGCCGCUAAUUGUCCGCGCGAUUUCGAAAAUUCUGAUUAUUUGAAUCGCUCUGGCGACUGGCUGCGCACUAAUGUGCAGUAUUAUCACUUCAAAAGCUACGAUUUGACUUGCGCUUUUUACUCGCGCCUGCAUAGCUGAGGGUUCAAGAACGCUUCAU